CCCCUCGGCAGCCGGCAGGGAGGCGGCGCUGCAGGCAGCGAGCCCGGCGGACGCUGGUCUCUGGGCAGUGUAGGGCGCCUUCUCCAUCAGCGGGUCUCCAGUCCGGCUGCCCGCCUCUCCUGCAAAGACGGCCCCGCAGGUGAAGCCUGACGCCGGCCGCCCAGAGCAGGGCUGAGCCUCCCUCCCCCAGAUGCUGUAACAAUGAAGCUGAGCUGCACUGAAGUACCUCUUUAUGGACAGAUGACUGUAUAUGCAAAGUUUGACAAAGAUAUUUACCUCCCAGAAGAUGCUGAAUGUUACUUUGUUUACAAUGGAUCCACUCAGAGACAUAUAACGUUUGCUGAACGAAUUAAUGGUAGUGCUCUUCAGUCCAUCAUUCCAGGCCAUGGAUGCCAAGAAACAGUUUCAGUCUCUGUGGUCAUGUACACGAAGGGAUAUUCACCUGUGACCCUGGGCUGCUGUUAUGUCACUUACAAACAGAAUCUGUCUUGCAAGUUAUCUCAUUUUCUGGUUAGCCACUUUGACUGCGUCACUUCUACUAGUCACCAGACACUACUCAAUAAGUUUGGGCUAACUGUGGAAGAUUUGCAGUCACUGGAUCAUGAUAUGAUGCUGGCCAUAGCUCAUGAAGAGCUGCCACCUACAUGGAACGUCCUUGGAAAUUGUUCAGAAGACGAGUCUAAUCGCAAAGAAACGCUGCUUCAUCUCACAGUAAGAUUGGGCUUGGUUAAACUCUCGCGAUUCCUGUUAUCUCAGCCUGGUGGGCCAUUGGCAUUAGCUUUACCUAAUGAAGCUGGAGCAACACCAUUAGAUUUGGCUUCACAGAAUGGACACUCCAGACUUGUUGAAAUCUUAAUGAAUUUUCAGGGCAGUCAUUCGUUUGACAUUUCUAGAGCUGAGAUCAGUGAGUGUGCUUUCCUACAGUUUGUUCAUUCAUCAGGAACUCUGACACUGACAUUUAAUCACACCGCAGAACGUUUGCUGGAGUCUGACAUUAAGCUCUUCAGGAAAUACUUCUGGGAUAGAACCUUUCUUUACAAGAGUCUUAAUUCAAAACAAGCUGGGACAGUGGAAGGACCACAAAUGCCCUGCAAUUCAACAGAUUCUGCAGAAGAUCCCAUGAACUUGGCAUCUGAUGAACCAGCAUUUGGAAGUGAAGAUGUGAAGCCUUUCAGAAAUCCUGUGGUUCCCUCAAGUGAAAAUGAAGACCAGGUCUUGUUGGAUAUAGAGCAACGACAUUCUACACUUGAUGUCCUCAAGAAAUCCCCAAAUCCACCUACCUUCUUUGCUGCAGCCACACUUACUACCAUGCUGAAUGGAAGUGAUGAAGUGUAUGCAAAUUGCAUGGUAGUGGAUCAAGUUGGAGAUUUGGAUGUUAACUACAUUAACGUAGACAGUGUCACCACUGAAACAAGCACAGAUCGAACCCACUCAACCCUGACACCCAAGAGCUCAUCAUCUGCCUCACUUAAGGAAAGCAACCAAUAUAUUUAUGCAGAAAAUGAAGAUAACCAAAUGGCAAUGAGUAACUUAGACAAUAUAGGCUCACAGCCUUUCACUUCACCUUCAAAUCUGUAUGCAGCAGGUUCAUAUCUACCACUCAAGUCUCGUGGGUUUAAUAAGGAACGAAGUCAACUAUAUGCUGACAUGAAAAAAAGAAGUUCUAGUCUUGAUGACCUUGAAGUAGACAGUGGAGGUGAAGGGAUUUCUGACAGAUCCCAUAUUCGCUACCCUUCCCUCAAUUCUUCAGUGACCUUGGCUGGCAGCAGGCAUGAAUUAGAUUCUUCUGAGACAAGCACUGAUCUGGAUUAUAGCAUCCACAGGAUGGACUCUAACAAUCUGCAGUCAAAGGAACCAUUACUUUCUGGAAUCCGGUCACGCUCUUACUCAUGUUCUUCACCCAAAGUUUUAUUAGGGAAAUCUCGCUUUGCACGUGACUUCACAGUUUGUGAUUCAAAUGAAGAUGGUGUGUGCAUGAACAGUGGUCGAUCCCUUCUCCAGGCUAUUUCACUCUCUAAAUCAAUGUGUCUGCUCCAUCCCUGUAAACAACGAGCAUACAGCUUGCCAGAGCAAUUGAAGGAAAAAAGGAUUCAGGAGGAGGACUGGGAUAAGUAUAUUAUACCUACAAAAUCCGAGUCGGAAAAAUAUAAAGUGAGUCGUACUUUCAGCUUCCUGAUGAACAGAAUGACUAGUACACGAAAUAAGUGCAAGACAAAGAAUAAGGAUGCCAAAGACAAACUGAACAGACAUCAGUUUAUAACUGGGAACUUUUCAGGCAGUAUCCCGUGUAUGGCGUGCGACAAAGCCUUCUUAGGGAAAGAGUCAUUGCAGUGCUCUUAUUGCAAUGCAAUUGUGCAUAAAAACUGUAAGGAUUGUGCUCCUGCAUGUACAAAGAAAUUCCAAGAGAGAUAUCAUAUUAAGACCAGACCACAAGCUGCCCUAACAAAUUCAUCAUUUAGAGAGAUUCCUCAGCCCUUGUUCUCAAUGCAUCCGUCUUCCUCAAUGCCCGUUGGACUUUCUGCUGUAAGGAAAGAAGUCUCACAGCAACCUCACUCUUUAUCCAAAAGUGUUCCGAGUGCCAGUUUUGAAAGAAGAUCUAUGCCAUCGUCAGACCAAGACACUGAUAGUAGCAGCUGGACAUCCAGCUCACAGUCUGAAACGCUGCUACAGUCUAUAGGGACCCUUCCAUCAAUGGAUUCUUUUGUAAUGGAAGAUGAUGUGGAUGCCUCCCUGUGGACUGACCUCAGCACAGAGGCACAGGAGUUUGAGGCAGAAUCUUGGAGUCUUGUUGUGGAUCCGGCAUUUUGUAGCAAGCAAGAAAAAGAUGUUAUCAAAAGGCAGGAUGUAAUUUUUGAGCUGAUGCAAACAGAAGUGCAUCACAUCCACACCCUCUUCAUUAUGUCUGAAAUAUUCAGGAAAGGAAUGAAAGAAGAAUUGCAACUAGAUCACAGCACUGUAGACAAAAUAUUUCCCUGCUUAGAUGAAUUGUUAGAGAUUCACAGGCAAUUCUUCUGCACUAUGAAGGAGAGAAGACAGGAAUCGUGUGAGGGGGGAAACGAGAGAAAUUUUGUAAUCAACAGAAUUGGAGACAUCCUUGUGGAGCAGUUUUCAGAGGAAAAUGCCAAUAAAAUGAAGAAAAUAUAUGGAGAAUUUUGUAGUCAUCAAAAAGAAGCUGUUAAUCUCUUUAAAGAGCUGCAACAAAACAAGAAGUUCCAGAAUUUUAUUAAACUGCGAAAUAGCAAUCUUUUGGCUCGACGUCGAGGAAUCCCAGAAUGCAUUCUGCUUGUCACUCAGCGCAUCACAAAAUACCCAGUUCUGGUAGAAAGGAUACUACAGUACUCAAAAGAAGGAACAGAAGAGCAUAAAGACUUAUGCAAAGCCCAUUGCCUGAUUAAGGACAUGAUUGCAGCAGUAGACUUGAAAGUCAAUGAAUAUGAGAAAAGGCAAAAAUUGCUGGAGAUUCUCAAUAAGAUUGAAAACAAAACUUAUACCAAACUGAAAAAUGGCCAUGUUUUCAGGAAGCAGGACUUGAAAAAGAAAGAGAGGACACUUUUGCAUGAAGGUUUGGUGUAUUGGAAAACUGCUACUGGACGUUUCAAAGACAGUUUAGCCCUGCUUCUAACUGAUGUGCUGCUGUUUUUACAAGAAAAAGACCAAAAAUAUAUAUUUGCAGCUGUUGACCAGAAGCCUUCAGUUAUAUCCCUUCAGAAGCUGAUCGUAAGAGAGGUAGCCAAUGAAGAAAGAGGGAUGUUUCUGAUUAGUGCUUCAUCUGCAGGGCCUGAGAUGUAUGAGAUUCAUACAAAUUCUAAAGAAGAACGCAAUAACUGGAUGAGGCAGAUUCAAGAUGCAGUGGAAAGUUGCCCGGAGGAAGAAGGAAAAAUUAGCGAAUCUGAUGAGGAUAGACGGAUAGCUGAGGCCAAAGCAGCCAAGAUUCAAAAAUGUCAAGAAUCUCUGAGUAACCAGGACCAGCAGAUCUGCAGUUAUUUGGAAGAUAAGCUGCAUAUCUAUGCAGAGCUUGGAGAUAUGAGUGGAUUUGAGGAUGUCCAUGUGGAACCACAUCUCCUUAUCAAACCUGACUCUGGAGAAAUGCCACAGGCUUCCUCAUUGUUGGCAGCAGCACUCAGGGAAGCUGAAAGCCUCCAUGUUGCUGUAACAUCAUCACAAGCAAAUGACACAAACAGGUCAUCAGAGGAGAGUACUGGAGAACCAAGCUUGACACACACACUUAGUGCAAAUGAAAUAUUUGAAUCUCCUACUCUUACAGAAAUAAAAGGAGAUGAAGAGUCUUGUGACUUCAGUCCCAGGAUUUGUCAUGCCGUGAAUGAAGUGGCAGGCUCUCUGAUGGGGGAUAAGGUUGAAUGCAUGAAUUUCUCAGGUUCCACACCAACAGAGAUUGUACAAGCAAUCCAGAAUUUAACCCGCCUCUUGUACAGCAUACAGGCAGCCUUAACCAUCCAGGACAGUUACGUGGAGAUCCAUAAGAUAGUGCUGCACGAGCACGAAAGGACCAAUCGGGGUCACAGUUCUCGUGGAAACCUACUGCUAGACCAGGAAAAAUACCGAAAUUUGGAAAAACAAAGGGAAGAACUGGCAAAUAUACACAAACUUCAGCAACAGUUUCAACAGGAGCAGCAGCGUUGGUCCCGCGAGUGUGACCAGCAGCAACGGGAGCAGGAGAUAAGAGAGAAUCAGCUGCAGGAGAGGGAGAGAGAUUGCCUGUGUCAGGAAGAGCUUCUUCACCAGAACCGGGGAGAAUUGGAGCUUCAGCUGCAAGAGUUCCAGCAGAACCUGGAAAGGCUUAGGGAGGGCCAGAGGAUGGUGGAAAAGGAAAGAGACAACGUGAAGAUGCAACAAAAGAUAUUGUGGCACUGGAAACACAGCCGCCAGAGCAGUCUGCCUGCAGCAUUUCCAUCUUCAGGGAGCAAUGAGAUAAUAGGACAUAAUCAAUCGGAGAGCUUAUGUGCUGAAAAUUCAUUCUUCAUAAAUGAAGCUUUAGUACAGAUGUCGCUAAACAGUCUCAACAGAUCAAAUCCAUCUCUAGUGUACCAGGAUGGUGUAUAUGGGAUAAACAUCACCAGUUCAGAUGUAACCAGGACUAGUGAAAAUCAACCAGCAGUCACCAAUGAACUCUGGAAAUCUACUGCUCCCUGCCAUCAGGUCUCCUCCUCCUGCAAAAGCAACAAGGAUGCUUGUAAUAAUGAUUUAACUGCAUCCCAGAUCCGGUGUCCAAGAGCGCGCAGUCUGAAUCCCGGCUGCACCCAGGCCCAGCCGCUUGCUGAUGUUCUGCUGGUGAACCCGCAGUCUCACAGCUCGCAGGAUGCAGAAAACGAAGCGAGAGUUGAAGAAAAUAUUGUUUACCUUUGAUCGCGCAUUUUCUAAUACCAGUAGCACUUUGGGAUGAAAUUGUAUUUUGCUUUUCUAACUGUACGCAGUUGCUCCCUCGAUGACCAAAAGGCUCUAAGAAUAGUAUUUAAUAUUCAGUGCAAGAUUUUCCCCAUCAUAAAUAUAACAAUUAAGUUAUUUUUUAAAGCAUUUUUUUGUAAUCGUUAAUUUAUGACACAUGGUUUCCAAUGCUUCACAAGGAGCAACAGAAAGAAGGACAAGCUCAAAGGUAGUGAUGUUUAGAACUGUCAUGAAGACACCAUCAUAAAACUGCUGAUAUGAACUGCAAAGAUCAGUGUUGCUUUUCUCUUGAGUUUAAAAAUGCAGAUUUCCAUGUUUAGAGAUAAGUGCCUGCUGUGUGAGCUUUCAUAAUAUGAAUCAGUAACUUUUUAACAAUAGUGAUAUGGUAGGGGAAGAUGGAAGAGUGAGCCUGGGGGGCUGUCAUGUUUAUAAAAAUGUACUCUGCUUGGAAGACUAGGUGGGUUUCUGAGUUCCUAGCCUUGCAGCUUCGCAGAGCUGGGUUCACACAUGGCUCACAAAGGAGGCUGUCUUUGGGGGUCUCAACUUAGACCUUGGCAGAAGUCUGUUCACAGUCCGCGUUUGGGAUGAUUUCUGUGCACAGGUGCUGUAGGUCAGUUUGGCGAUGUAUUGUGGUAUAACUGUGCCUUUCUGUGUACAGAAAGUGCCCUUACUUACAUUAGCAUUAAAAUUCACCAAAUGAAGCUUUCCCACAGGGAGGGAAAAGAAGAGAAGAACAUGUAGCAUCUUUAGUCUAACUGAAUCCCAUUGAGACUUCACUGCUUUUCCAUAAAGGAGGAAGCCACCUUUCUACUUUCACUCGGUAUGUUAGAGAAUAAUAAACCAGGACCUGUUCUUGGCUUUUGUUCUUCAGAAAUCUUUGUAUACUUCUGUUGGAUUUAAUAAAUAUUCUGUACCUCU